GCUCCGGGAAAACCACGCGGGCCAGACAACUGAAACGUGAAUUUCCUGGUGCUGUGAUUCUUAGCACUGAUGACUUUUUCUUCAUGGAAGAUGGCACCUAUGUGUUCAGACAUGAUUGUCUAGAAGAAGCACACUUAUGGAACCAAAAGAGAGCACAUAAAGCAAUGAAGAAUGGGAAAUCCCCGGUUAUUAUUGAUAAUACCAACAUCCACGCUUGGGAAAUGAAGCCAUAUGUGAUUAUGGCACGUGAGAAUAACUAUGAAGUUAUAUUCCAAGAACCUGACACACACUGGAAAUUCAAUGUUCGAGAGUUAGCAAGAAGAAACAGUCAUGGUGUCCCAAGAGAAAAGAUACAGCGCAUGAAAGACCAGUAUGAGCAUGACAUUACCUUUCAUAUCGUGCUUCACUCUGAAAAACCAAGCAGAGAUGGCAGAAAUUCCAGUGGAUCCAAUGCCGCUCACAACACUGGGGCUUAUUCCAAUAUGUGUCCAACAUUCCCAAACAGAAGAACACACAGCCGCUAUACAAAUGAAAGAUCAUUUAAUAGAGGUGGAUUCCAGAAUGUAUUUUAGUAUUUCACUAGGGUAUAAAAGACUAAAAAAAAUUUAACCUUUUACUCUCAAUUUUUGUAUUUUUCUACUAAAUCUAAAUCAGGAGUUAUUUCUGUUAAUUUACAAGUCUUAAAAUAUUACUGUAAUGUUGUUUUGUCAAUUACACAAUCUGAGAUCACUGAAACCAAUAUAAACUGUACACACCAUCUCUGUCCCAGUACACUCAAUGUUUGCCAAUUUUCCUUGUUCAGUCAUGUCUUAACCUUCAAUUAUAAAUUUUGCAGGGUAGGGAUGUGGUUUGUCUCUUGCCUGCAAAUGGUCAUGAACAUUUCUUGUGCAGUGUAAUUAUUUCUUCCUGUCUUCCAGGCACAUUCUCUCUCCUUCUCCCCUCAUAUGCAAUCUCUCACUAAUGCCAAUCACUUCUUUCUCCUUAAUAGUUCCAAAAUCCACCCUUUCUUCAUGGUCGCUGUUGCCAAGACACUUGUCCACGUUGUAGUCUUUUUUAGCUUCUCUACUUUCUCCUGCCUGGCCUCAGUGCUUCUCACCUCUUCCCACCUCAGCUUGACCAGUGUAAACUUUCAAUUCUUCCAUUAGUUUCGUGUCUUCUUACAGGAAAUUCACCUUACAAGACUCUACAUAAGGUAGUCAAGCAGAAGAAAUCUAAAAAACUUUGUAAGCAUUUGAAUGUAUGGAAGUUUUCUCUGUCUAAACCAUGUCAAAUA